GAAUCCCGCCGAGGUUAUUUCUGUUUCCGUCGGUUACAGCUUACGGCGAGGGAAACCCGGGAAGGAAGGUAUCAAAACCAAAGUCAUUUGUGUUUUCACUGUUGUUUCUGAAGUGAAGAGAUUCGAUGAAAACGAUGCGAUUCAUGACUGUAUAUACUGGAGAAGUUUCAGUUGUUGUGAUCGACUAGUGAAGAAGACAGCGUAUCAGAAGGAGGAAAAUCAACUUAGCGUGGAAAGAACUCUUACGGAGUUGCUGGAAUCCGAUCAGAAGGAGGAGGAGAUAGCGUCUGUGUCGAAGAAGCUAGUUAUGGAUGAUAGUGCGGAGAAGUUUGUGAGGAGGAUAAACGGCUAUAUUGAUCAAGUUCGCUUGUAUGAGGAUCCAAUAAGGCAAGAGUCUGCAAGGAAAACUGUUCCUGUGGAAGAGCUUCAAGAGAAAGCACUUGUCUCCCUGGCCAAGGAGGGAAAGUACGAACCAUCCAAAUUGGAACAAGACCAUGCCUUUUUGUUGCAGCUUCUUUUCUGGUUUAAACAAUUAUUCAGGUGGGUUAAUGCACCUUCUUGUGAACAUUGUGGAGAUGCAACAACAUUUCAAGAUAUGGGCGAUCCACUUCCUUCAGAACUUCAGUUUGGCGCUAACCGAGUUGAAGUAUAUGGCUGUAACUCAUGCCAAAUGGUUACACGUUUCCCACGCUUCAAUGAUCCAAUAAAGCUUAUUGAAACAAGGAGGGGACGCUGUGGAGAAUGGGCCAAUUGCUUUACGUUCUACUGUCGUGUUUUUGGCUAUGAAUCUCGAUUUAUUCUUGAUCUUACAGAUCACGUUUGGACUGAAUGCUUCUCUCAUCUUUUAGGGAGAUGGAUGCAUCUAGAUCCCUGUGAAGGAGUAUAUGACCAACCAUUGUUGUAUGAAAUGGGGUGGAACAAGAAAUUAAAUUAUGUCAUUGCUUUUUCUAUAGAUGGAGUUCGUGAUGUCACUAAAUACUACACGAGGAAAUGGAUUGAGGUUUUACCUCGAAGAGAUAUUAUCAGAGAAGAGAUAUUGUCAAACUUGCUUGCAGAAAAGACAAGACAAUGUCGAUCAACCUUUACAUCUCAAUUACUGUCUGAACUUGAAGAUCGGGAUGAAAAAGAAAAGCAAGCAAGAGAAAUAGACACCGACGCUAUGGACAAUUCUUCAGUUUCAUUACCUGGAAGACAAAGUGGAGACAAGGAGUGGCGCAAAUCAAGGUUGGAGAUUGACUCUGAUGAGGAGUGCUCUUUGAGUUCUUCUGCAUGUCCUGUUCGUAAAUGUGCGGAUGAGCACGUGACAAGGAUUUAUGAGGGAUUUCAAUCUAUUCUAUCUCGACUUCUGGAUGAAGGAUUUUCCAAGUCUACAGCUAUAGAAGCACUGGUAUUUAUUCAAGGGAUUGUAACUAAUCUCAAGAAAUCUUCCUUUAGAACAAGAAGGGUUUUGGUAGAUUCAGACUCAGAUGAGAUGAAAACCCUUUUGCAUCGGUUGUUUCCUUCCUUGAAGUAUUUUCUUGGUGCUUUGUCACUAGACAGCAAUCUGGACACUGAUGGGAGGGUUGACAUUUGGUUGGCUAGUGAGCCUGUUUAUACCUCUUUAGCAUUGCCUGUUGUGCUAGAUGCUCUUGAAGAAAUUAUACAAGAUAUUAACAAAUGUGAUAACUUUGAUAGAGCCUUUCUAUGUAUUCCUCGUCUGAAGUUUAACAGAAUGCAUUCAGGCUCAGUCCUUGCAAGUGGCGAGGAACUUCCUUCUGGAAUAGCAACGUCGGCAUUUGAUGGGAUUCGUUCAUCCAAAUGGGAAGAGCCAAGUGGUGCAAAAGGUUGUUGGAUCAUAUAUAAGGUAUUAGACAACAAGAAGGAAGAACUCGUUGCCUAUGAGUUGAUGUCCGCUAAUGAUGCGCCUGAAAGGGAUCCGAUGGAUUGGUUGGUUGAGGGAAGUGAAGAUGGGGGAAGCAGUUGGCAUCUUCUGGAUGAACAAACAAAUCAGAUGUUUGACAACCGUUUUCAACGUAGGAGUUUCUUUGUUGCCAAAACUGGUUACUUAUCAAAUGCUUUCAGGUUUACAUUCUUGACAGUUCGUGACAUCGACUCGACAUCAAAGUUCCAAAUUGGUAGCAUUGAUUUGUAUUCUCGCAAGUUUUAGCUCAAUAAAAAUGAGAGCUUCGAGAUCCAUAUGGUUCUCUUCAAGUUGACCGAACAGAGUUCAUAAGAAAUCAUACGUGGUCGAGAUGAUUUUGAAGGUUUGCUGCAGUGUGUAAAGCGGAUCUUCAAUAAUCUAAAUUGUGGAUCACCAAGUAUGUCUGAUAGCGUUAAUUCUAUUUGAUGAGUUAAUUUAUGGGUCAGAAAUGAAU